AUGCAACACCAGAUUGACUUCUUCUUUGACCCCCUCAGCAGUGACGCUGUCAGGGAUGAUGCAGAUGUGAAGAUCGAGUCUAAGCAAGACUCCGUCCUGAGCGUCCAGACCCCAGACAGGACCUAUCGGGUGAAGCUAACGCCGGCGGUGAGUCUGCUGGAGACGUCGUGCCAGAGGAGUCCUGGAAACACUCAACACGGAUCACACUUCAGACUGCGGCUCAAGGUGGAGCAGCCGACAGAAGCUCCUUGCAGUGUGAUUGGACAGCUGCGGGUCAAUGUGACGUACUCCUUCCUGUGCCAGUCUUGUGGCUCCAUGGUGCUUCAAGACAGGACUUUUGGGCGAGUUCUUCCUUUGCCCAAUGGGAACUGGAAUGCAUUAGUGGACGACUGGUGCUGCCACCCCGAUCCCUUCGCAAACAAGAAGCUGCUCCCGCGAGAAGGAGACUGUCUGGUCGGGGACACGUUUCUUCUGUUGGCUCGGGACAGCAGCUGUGAGCAGACCCUCGUACGGGAAGAGAACUCGCUUCAGAAAGCCUCUGCAGAGCAGAAGCGCAGCAGCAAGCAUGUGAUGGUGUCCUGCAGGAGCUGCUCUGCGGCGCUGGGAGAGGAAGUCACUGCAGUGAUUCUGUGGCUUCUGAACACAGACGCUCUGGUCGCCUCAUUUCCCGACGCAGCAGCGAGGGGCGACAGCUUCAUAUCCGCAGAUGAGGUUCAUCAGUCAUGCUGGGCCGCUCAAGCAGUCAAAGUGCUGUACAUCCUCUGCUCUGACAGCAAACUCCAAGAUGUUGUGGAUGUCUGGGAGAAGGACAUUAGUGUUCACCCUCUGCCGCUCCCUCAGAGCUCAUGUGAGGAGCUCCAGAAGCUUCUGAUGUCCAGCACCUCCAGACUGCCUGCAUUCCUGCGCUGCAUGAACUCAUAUCAGGUGGCCUACAUGCAGAUGUGAUGCAUUGAGCUCAGAAACCACUGGAGCAGUUUAUCAUCACAGUGCAACGACACAUGAAGUCAGAUAUGAAAACCUAUUAAAUGCAAAACAUUAAACACUUUUUUUUUUUUAAAUUUUUUUACGGUAUACCAAGGUCUGCAUGAUAUUA